GAGCUGUGUCAUGAUCUUGCACUUGAUGGGAGGAGUAACAAGAGACCGGAUUCGAAAAUGGGCAGUGAGGAUACUGAAGACUGGAGAACUGAGCCUGACUUGAACCGUGCUGCUUAUAUAUUUCGACGUUCUGCACUGCAAGAAAUGGAGAAUCAACCAGAUCUUGUGGCAAAGAUGAAUCUACUUAAAAGUCCUGAAGAGAGAGAAAGAGAAAUACUGACAUUUUACAAAAACCCUUUGACCAACUGGGCACGUCCAUUGUCUGUUGUACUUGGGGAAAACUGUGGUAAAAAAUUGUUCUUUAAUGGACAAGAAGACCAUUUGGUGCCUUCCACUUCUCGGCUAUUACUUGAUAGUGACCUUUUCCGUGUCAUUGGACGCAUGAUUGGACAUUCCUUCCUACACGGUGGUCCCUUUCUCACUGGUUUGAGUCAGUCUUUGUUCAAUCUGCUGAUUGGACAGAAGGAUGAGGUAGCUGUUGUAGAACUAGAAGACUGCCCUGACACUGAUGUGACUGAUAUUGUUUCACUUCUUCAAGGGUCUGGUAAUCUGACAGAAGAUGAACGUGACCAAGUAAAUCAUUUGGCAAUCAGCUGGGAUCUCCCACCAGUUAAUGAGAACAACAGAAAGUGGUUGGCACAAAGUAUCCUUUACCAUGCAGUCAUUGUUCGAAGGGAGAAGCGAAUUCGUCAGAUCAGACAGGGGUUAAAAGACACAGGAGUCUUGUGUAUGAUAAAAGAACGGCGUGAUCUGAUUGAUGUUCUUUUUCCAAGAUCAUCAGCGAAAAGGAUCACUUCAGAGAUGAUCCUCAACAGAACUAUAUGGCCAAGAGUUGACAUUGAUGAUGAAGAGUAUGGUGACUAUACUCUGGAGGACACAUGCAAAAUGACUGUUUUUUUUUUUCGAGAGUACAUCGAAAAGGGCACACCAGAAGAGCUGAUACAACUCAUUCAGUUCUGGGUGGGUUGGGGUGUUCUUUCUCAGAAUCUAUAUGUAGAGGUGUCCUCUGAUGUUGCAAUGCCAACUGCAUCCACUUGCAGAGAAACAAUCAAGCUCCCAGUGAAAUACAGCACUUAUGAGAGUUUCCAGAAGGACCUGAAAGCUGCUGUAUCAUCCACAGACAGUGGGUUUGGUUUGGUGUAAUUACUGUUCAGUGAACAAACAUGUGACUUCAAAUCAAUUCUAAAGUUUAAGUUAAACUACAUACAGGUCACAGU